UCAACGGACAGUAGAUUGUUCAAUGAUUUUGACUGAACUCCACCUAUAUAACUAGGCCACGUAAAACGCAUUAACUACAAAGUAUACCAUCGUCCUCAAGUUUUAUCAAAGUUGAAUAUUUGGACCUGAACAUGUGUGAAUGAACUUGGUUUAAUCUGUUAAGUAAGGAUUUAAAAUUUGAGUUUGCGAAAUUUUCACUUACUAUGGGAGGUUUAAACAUUGCUGUUAUUAUUGGAAUUCUAGGCGUAAUUGUUUAUUUUAUGAGCUCAUCAACGGAGAAGCUUACGGUUCAACAUGUCAACAAAACAUACGACUACAUUGUGGUCGGGGCUGGUUCGGCUGGUUCCGUGGUUGCAGCGAGACUUUCCGAAGAUCCAAAAGUCAGUGUUCUUCUAAUUGAAGCUGGAGGUGAGGAAACAAACAACAUAACCUUCUACAAUGCUCCACUAUUACCUCAGUUAUUACAACAGUCUGAAUCUGACUGGAUUUACUACACAUCACCUCAGAAGAAUUCAGGAAUGGCUAGCAUAAUUGGUGGAAACAGGCAUUAUUGGCCUCGUGGAAAAGUUCUAGGAGGAACGAGCAUGUACAAUAAUAUGCAGUAUGUUAGAGGAAGCAAAUAUGACUAUGAUGAAUGGGCAGAAAAUGGUUGCGAAGGAUGGAGUUAUGACGAAGUAUUACCGUACUUUUUGAAAUCGGAGGACUUUUUAGGGAAAGAUUUGAAAGAUUCAAAAUACCAUAAUGUAGGUGGACCAAUGGGCGUGAGUCUUGAAACAUUAUUUGACAAUCUUGUAAAGAGAUUUGUAAAAGCUGGAAAGGAAUUGGGAUACAAAGAAAACAACGAUUUGAAUGGAGAGAAUCAGCUUGGCUUUGGUGUAAGUCAAGUGUCAGUGAGAGAUGGUGUACGAGCUAGUACUGUGAAAGAGUUUUUGCGUCCAGCUAUGAAACGAAAUAACUUACAUGUUGUUGUUAAUUCACAUGUUACUAAAGUUAACAUUAAGGACUGUACCGCAACUGGUAUAACCUUUAUUCAAGACGGCAUUAAGAACACUGUAAAUGCGAAAAAAGAAGUGAUUUUAUCUGCAGGUGCGAUCGGAUCGCCUCACAUUCUAAUGUUGUCAGGAAUAGGUCCGAAGAAGCAUUUGGAUGACCUGAAAAUUAAUGUUCAUCAGGAUUUACCUGUUGGCAAAAAUUUGCAAGACCAUCUUUUUGUUCUUUAUCCAUCUGAUGUAGUUGAUUCUACAGAGCUGCUGAAAGGGACAGAUGUCGAGAGUUUAUUUUCAUUUUUGCGAUAUCAAUUAUUUAACGGUGGUCCAUGGUCGACAACGAUGCUAGUUGGAACAUCGUUCAUCAAAUCAAAGCAACAGGUUGAGAAUUAUCCAGACAUUCAAUUUCAUAUUGCUCCCGUCCAGCCAAAUUUAGAGAUUUUUAAGUUAAAUGGUACAUUUCUUCGAAGCGUAUAUCCUACUGGUAUUAAAGAUGGCUUAACUUUAAUUCCAAUUUUGUUGCAUCCAAAGAGUCGUGGUUCAAUUACAUUGGCAAGUUCGGAUCCGUUUGAUUAUCCAAUUAUUGAUCCAAAUUAUCUCGCACAUGACGACGACAUCAAUACUCUAAAAGAAGCUCUGAAGAUAUCAGAGAGGUUACUCGAAACUGAAAGCUUUAAGAAAAUAGGGGCACAUUCAGAUAAUUUCAAAAAUGCAGAAUUCUGUAAAGCACAUGAAUAUAAGUCUGAAGGAUUUUAUGAAUGUCUUGUUAGGAAUUUAGCUCACACAGUUUAUCACCCAACGUCAACAUGUAAAAUGGGACCUGAUACUGACACUGACGCUGUCGUUGAUUCUACAUUGAAAGUUAGAGGAAUAAAAGGUCUUCGAGUCGUCGAUGCAUCUAUAAUGCCAAAUAUCGUUUCUGGGAAUACAAACGCGCCAACAAUUAUGAUCGCAGAGAAAGCCGCUGAUAUGAUUCUAGGUGUCGACACUGUAAAACAUUUACGUAAACGUACAUAAAGAGGGACAUCUCGUAUGGAACAAAAAUUGCACAGUUAGUUUGCUGUGAUUAAUACUGUCGACAUUCCGCUUUAAAUCUGAAUUGUCGACACAUUCGACACAUUCAAUAUCAUUGAUAUAUUGUUUUCAAAUAUCUGAUAUAUUGUUUCUAAAUAUCUAAUAUAUUGUUUUCAAAUAUUUGAUAAAUUGUUUUCAAAUAUUUGAUAUAUUGUUUUCAAAUAUUUGAUAUAUUGUUUACAAAUAUUUUAUAAUAUUUUAUGUCGUUUUUAAGACAGUCUAAUAAGAUUAAUUAAAACAACACUCGUAUGUACUUCCUGGAUACAAUCACUACCGUUGUAAUUAACAACAUAUCCCAGAGACAUGAGUAAGGUUUUUAAGUUCGAUCUCUAGGUUAAACGGGCAUGCAUACACUUUAACCACUAUUUCACUGUUCGAUAUAAAUUUGUGGUAGCAAUGUUACUAUUCUUUAAAAUUAUGAAAAUCUGCCGAAAAUAAAUGAUCAAACAUCCCUGAUCACAUUAUGUUAAGUAAUACAUCCUUUUCCUUUUGAUAAUUUAUAUUAAGGGUAUGAUUGAAUUAAAUAGCUGCUGCUUGUUUUAUUGUUACGCCUAGCUAUAUAUUUAACGCCAUACUCCGUCAAGAAUAGUUUAUAUGUGCACACGGAUGAAUAACAUUAACAUAAUAUUAUUGCAUGGUUCUUUAUUGAUGGUUAACAUCAUUCAUUUCUAAAUUUAUGUAUUUAUCAUAUCUUAACACUGUAUAAAGGACGAGCAAAAUAGUAGUUAGUGGAAAGAAGACUAUUAAAACGAAAUGUAGUUAAUAAAGGGAUAUAAACGCUAAAGAUUAUGGGAAAUAUCUCAGGUUUUAUUUAAAAUAUUAUGUGAUAGUUGAAGUAGUUGCAAGCAAUAUUGUGAAGACUUUUGUUUUGUUAAAAUGUUGAGCCACUUCAUGUCUAUCAAAACUUGUUCAUUAUAUUCUUUUAUUUCCAACAUGAUUGAUGUAACACGGGUAUAUUGUUUAUAGCUUACUAUAAUAUAUUUUAAUAUGCCUAUUGCAACAACUUGUUUGUUUUGUUUUUAGUUUGUUUAAAUUUGUUUUUCAAAAAGAGUCUAUCUUGAUCUUUUAAUGCCAUUUAUUGGAUCAUUAUUUCACAAUGAAAGCGAACACAAUGUUUUCAACCUCACCUACCCGAGGUAAGAGAGCCGUAUAUUCCAAUAAAUCGUACCAAUUU